AUGUCUGCCGACGAGGAGGACUAUAUGUCCAUGGUGAUCGAGGAGCCCUCGCAGAAGGAGACAUUCACUCAACGCAAACGCCGUGAGCAACGAGAGGUAAGCCCGCGGACGAGUCCCCCCAAAGCCGAACGUGCCGCUCAAGAAGCUGCCCGUCGCGAUGAAGCCCUGGCUAAGAGCACCCUGGAUCCCACCAACAAGGGUUUCCAGAUGAUGGCCAAGCUAGGCUUCAAGCCGGGCGAGUCGCUCGGAAAACGCGAUGUUUCCGCCCCCUUGGCCUCGGCCUCUAUCUCGACCUCGACCACAUCCGCCGACUCAGCCUCGACCCAUCGUCCGGCCCCAGCGCGCUCGGAGCCAUUGAACCUCAUUUUUAAGGAGGGCCGAGGCGGAAUCGGUCUAGACAGCGAGAAGAAGCGCAAGAUCCGCGAGGAGGCCGAAGAGGCCACGAAGAAAAUCAAGCGGGACGAAGGCGACUACCGCGAUCGCGUGCGGGAGGAGCGCGAGACGAGGCGCACCGAGGCGCAUGUACGCGCUGCGCAGAAGGUCGCGGAGAGGUUGGAUGCAGAAGCGGAGGCGGAAACGGCCGAUGAGGCGCCCAGCAGGGAGGGGAAAGCGGGUGAAUCCAAACAACCUGCGGCCGGUGGCGUGCUUGGGUCCGAUGAAGACGGCACCCCCGACCACGCCUGUUCGCAGGACGAGACACCCGCCAGCGAGACCCUGGGCAACCCGAAACAUAAGCAUGUUAAGCCAACAGCGCAGCUCAACGUGCUCUACCGGGGCCUGGUCCGCGAGCGCGAGGAGCGCGAACGCUCCAUUCAGGCCCGCCAUGCCCUCCAGUCCUCGCUGCCGUCCUCGUUCUUCCCCAGCUCGAGGCUGCCGGGCUACGAUGACGUGACCAUGGAUCGCGACGAUCGGCAGGCGCUCGGCACCCGCGAGCCAUAUACUGCGGUCGUCGAGCAGGAGCUGGAAGAGGAGGACCCGGAACUGGAUGCCUUCAACGCGCUCGAUCCGGCUGAGCGACUGCAGCAGCUGGUCACCUACCUGCGGGAGACAUACCGGUAUUGCUUCUGGUGCAAGCAUCGCUAUGAGACAGACGAUGAGCUGGAGGGUUGCCCUGGAUUGACGGAGGAGGAGCACGAUUAA